AUGAUGGCGUCCUUGUGGCGGCUUCUCGUUCGCCUAUGUCCGUCUACCUUUGCCGUGCUUCUGCCCUCUUCUUGCUUUGCCGUCCUCCCCUCUUGUCACCCUCCCCAUACACGCGCACAUGCGCGCGCGCCUGCUCUGCAGUGGCGGGAUCCCGCUAGCACCCCCGCGUCACACCCAAGCACGCGGUCAAUGAAGCGGAGAGUACUUCGCGCGCACGCUAAUAAGCGCUGCCUGCGCAUCUUGUCUGCUUCGCAUCUCAUUCAGACAUCGUCGUCUCCUUCUUCUUCGUUUUCGCCCUCGGCGGCCAGCGGUGACCGUGGCUACGCUGUCUUGUGCGACGCGUCCUUCCUUCGAGCGGUUCUCCUGUCGUACUGGCAGGCCAACGCGCCUGCUAUAUGGCGCGAGGCUCGUCGUCGCAAGCUGCGUAAGGCCGCCGCUGUUACCAGCGCAGGCGAGUCCACGCGCGCGGGCGUGCCGUCGGGGCUCCCAGCGCCACUUGCGGCGGACAAGAUCGCACGGCUGCCGUUUGGUGACUUGCCGGCGCUCUCCCCUCACGCCUUCCUUGUGGCACUGCUGUGCGACGCCUUUGAGGGCGAGGGUAGGAGCCGGCCGGUGAGCGGCAACCCUGCAGCCGCUGUGGCAGCCGCCACACCGCAUGCCGACUCCACCUCGGUUUCCAAGUUUCACUGCUACUGCUUACCGGAGACCGUGGCGGCCCUUCACCGCAUGCGCGAUCACGCCCCGACCUCGGCAGCCUCCGCGACGGCCUUGGUGAACCCGUCCCUGCCAAACUCGAGUGUCGUCGACGCUUCGUUGACCGGAGCGCAGAAGAAGAGCGGCGCCAGCUCGACGCGGCAGAGACCACCCACUCCUCUGCCGUCGACAACGCCGCCGCGGUCGGAGCAGCACUAUCGGAUGACUGAAACGGAAGCGUGGCUGUCUGCGUCGUUUGGUAACCUCGCAACGAUGGGCGACAGCAACGGCAACAGCGGCGGCGCGCGACGGCACGGUGGGCCGUCCCCCUCCGCCGCCUUCCCGCUAACAUUCCAGGAGGUGCCGGCGGCGGUGGUGAACCACCUGCUGAGCCGCAUCACGUUGAUUCAGUCCGAGGAGCAGCGGCAUCGUGAUGCUGUCACCGUUGAGGGUCGUGAAGUAAGCGGGUCGCCGGAGAUGGCCGAUGGUGCCCCGCUACCCACGCGCAACGAGUGCAGGGCCAUUGGUGAGUUUAUGCUUGCUAACGAUACCCUCCUUGGUCGUCGCCCACGUGAGGGCAUAGACGCCUCUGCGUGUGCCCCGAGUGCUCUGCGACUGGUCUCGAUGCCGUUGUUUGGCGACCACCGCUUGGCGACGUACUCGCCACAGGGCGCCGCGGCAAAUCGCCGCCGCCGCCGGCGCAGCAAGAAUCGCAGGGCUGCCGGCGGCGGCGGCGAUGACGUGGGCGAAUUACCGUGCCUCGCUACGGGGAAUGCAGGGCUUGCAGAGCCACAAGAAGCGCGAGGGAACGGUGCCGGUGCGACCCCCUCCACCACUUCACACCCAUAUUCUCCUCGCACAUUCUUUGUGGCUACGCAGAGCCACGACGUGCGACGCCGUCUCGCGGCCGUGACACCACUGCUACGAUUGACCACAAACCCAGAUGCGCUGUGGAUCGAACAACGGGGAACGGCGUACCACUAUGGUGAGGAAGGUGCCGAAGCUCGACGACCACAUAUAGACAUGAAAGGGCUGGGUAACUGCUCCUCAUUCUCUGUGGCGGCCGCAGCGUCUUCACGGGGCGGCCGGGGAAGUAGUGAGCCCGGGCCGCCACGGUCUGCGAGCUUCUCCCACACGCCCUCGUUCCCGCACGCGGCCACGGCGACCACGACGGUGAUCGCAGCCGCGCCGCAGCUUUCACGAGCCGAUGUCGCCUUCAUGAAACACCUUGGCACUGCGGCUGAGGUGCCACUACCGGCAAAGCCCUCUCAUCAUCCGCACCAGCAGGAGCAGCAGCAGCUGCAGCUACGCGCGUCGCCGGCAUCCGACACCGGAGUGAGCAACAGGGCACCGGUAGACCGAAAGCGGCGACGCCAGAAGGGGCAGAAUCCGCUGUCUAUGAAGAAGAAGCAGAGGCGAGAGGUGUUCCGCGCCCACUGA